AUGACUUCCCUGGUGUACGCCGUAUUUCAUAUUGCAACGCUGCAAUGCUCGGUACGGCCGGAGAUAUCGCCGUGCACCUGCGAAACGGGCAAGGCCUUCAAUCACGUGGAGCUCUCCUGCGAGAAGCUGGAGUCCUUCAAUGCGGUCGUCGACAGUCUGGCCAAUAAGCUGAAUCCCGACGUCAGCAUCGAUCUGAAGAUAACCCAUUCGCAGCUGGACGAUCUGGAGAUGAGAUCAUUUCGGGAUAUGAACUUUAAUCUGUAUAAGCUGCGCAUGCAAUGGAACGGACUCAGAUCGCUGCCAGAGCUGCCAUUUCGCGGGUUAUCGAAUGUCACCUACUUAAGCGUCGGCGACAACGAACUCGACGAGAUUCCGAAGCACGUCUUGAAUCACAUGCCGCUGCUCCAGACCCUGGACAUUGGGCGCUGUAACAUACGAGCCGUGCAGCAGGACGACCUGAAAGGCAUUCAAAUGGUAACGAAUCUGAUCUUGCCCAGCAACAACAUAACCCGGCUGGAUCGUGGCGCCUUUCCGCUCAGCCUGCUCAUCCUGCAUUUGGGCCGCAAUCAAAUCGAGUCGCUCAACGGUUCGCUUCACGAACUAACCAAGCUGCAGUCGCUGUUCAUCAAUGCGAACAACAUCAGCGAUCUGGAUGGCGAGCUGCCGGAUGGCAGCAAGCUGCGUCUGCUGAUGGCGCACAACAAUCGGCUGGAACGACUGCCCGGGAACAUGGCCAGCAUGAACGAUCUGGAGACGAUACAUUUGCACUUCAAUCGGCUGAGGUCGUUCGAUCGUGUGCUGAGGAAUGCGCAGUAUCUGAACGAAUUGUUUGCGAACAACAAUGAGCUGGAGUUUUUGGCCCAGGAUGACUUUCAGGCGUGCCGCCAGAUGGAGACCCUCAAUUUGGCCUGCAAUCAUAUACGCUCGCUGAACUCCUCGCUGCAUCCUAUGGCCAAGCUGAAGAUUGGCAACUUUUCGUUCAACGACAUUGAUGAGUUCUCCAUGGAGGAGCUGCACGGCCUGCGCUCCCUCAAGAUACUCGAUCUCUCCUACAAUCGCAUCCAGCGCCUUCUGCCCGGCCACAAGCACAUGCCGGAGCUGCCGCUGAUCGAUCUGCGUCUCGAUCACAAUCAGAUCAUAACCCUGGACUCGGCGCUGGCCGGUUUGAGCAAUCUGCGCAUACUCAGCCUGCCGGAGAACCGCAUCGAGUACAUUAUGCCGGGCGACCUGAACGGCAUGAAUCGCCUGGAGAUUCUCGACUUGACCAGCAAUCAACUCGUGGAACUGAAGCAGCUGGAAACGACUCUGCUGCCCAAUCUGAAGAUCCUGAAGGUGGCCUACAACAAUAUCAGCAAGCUGGAGCGCGACUUCUAUGGGCUGCCCGUGCUCUGCCAGGUCAACUUGACCAACAAUCAAAUCACGACCAUCUCCAGCGAACUCGUCACCAACACGCGCUGCAAGAAUCACAAUGUGCCCGGCAAACUGGAGAUACAUCUCGAUGACAAUCCCAUCAUGUGUGAUGUGCGCCUGAACGAGCUGUGCCGUUUGAUGGCCGCGCAGGAUGCGCGCAUCCGCGGCCGUUCGCAGUGCUUCGAGAACGACCAGGAGGUGUGCACGGUGCUGCCAAUGCUGUACAAGAUCGAUCUGCCGCUGCUGGUGACCAAGCUGAAGAUCGGCGAUGCCGAGGACGCCAAGCCGCUCGUCCAGAUGCUGGUGCCGUCGCCCAUUCUGAUCAAGAACAACGAUGAGCUGCUGCCGCCGUUAAUUGCAACGCUGGGCCAGCCGCUGAUCAAUCCGGUCAUAAUAGCUGCCCAACCGCCGCCGCCGCUGCUGCUGGCCACCACAACACCACAGGCGCCGCCGGUGCUGCACUUGGAGCUGGACAACACGACGACGAGCACAACGACAACAACAACAACGACGACGACAACGACGACAACGAAUCCGCCCGUAAUCAGUCCGGCGACAACGCCUGCGCCCGCAAGUCAGCCGCUGGCAGUGCCGGAAAUGGUAACCACCACAGCGCCGACCACAACCACGACGAGCACAACGACGCCGCAACCAAACGAUACGCUGCCCGUCAUCCUGGACAUAGAGGAGCCCAAUCUGACGGACUCUGUCAAGCCGGGUCACAUGAAUGCCACAGCUGGCGAUUUGUCCCCCCAGUUGGAGGAGCAGAAACAUAAGCAGUUGAAGCUGGAUCAGGAGCAGGAGCAACUGCAGCCGCCGCUGAUUCCGGCUGCCGUGGCCGAGCAGCACGAGCAGGUGGCCAAAACAGAGUAUGAAACAGUCGAGUAUAUACCGAAUGUGCUGCUGGCGACGACGACGCCGCCGCCGCCAACGAGCAAAUCGAAUCUGCUCGAGGAGGACGCCGAUUCGCAGUCCAAUUCGGUGCACGAGGAGUAUCCGUCGGUGCUGCUGGGCGACUCGGAGCAUGCGGCACAGAAUCUGCAAAUACCCGAGGAGCCGCCGGAGGAGUGAGCGGAGAGUGUGCCAAAAAAAAACAAAAACAAAACAAAAAAAAAA